AUGUCGCAAGACCAGGGCAUCUUUUCUGUGCGCCGCCCUCGCGAGACACUCGGCCCAAUCAAUCACAAUGCAUCCGCGAUCCCUAUGCCCGCCUCGGCCAUGAAGCGCCAAAGUUCCUUCGGCCUCGGCCAGAUGCAAUCUGCCUCACAUGCUCGCUCGACGUCUGGUUCUCGCAUGUCUCUGGCACCGGGAUUUCCUAGGCAGCCUGACUUCCAACGCGCAUCUUCUGGCACCAACCUCGCUGAUCUUGGUCUUUCCACCGUGAAACGCCCCUCGACCCAGAACAUGUUCAACAGUACUGGAGGUAGAAAGAGCUAUGCGCCAGUCAGCAGCACUCCGGCUCCUGCUCUUCAGCUGGGCGACAGCUCUCAGCGUCGCAGCAGUGUAUACAGUGCCCGUCCUUCAGCUGCUUUUGGCGGUCCUAUGGGUCACCAAUCCUUCUUCGCGACUGCCCCUCCUUCGAACCAGCCGCCCCAGGAUCCUCGCAGGCUACGCGACCCAAACACUCGUAACCAGAUGGGAACUGAACUUAUGGAAUUCCUUACCCAGCGCAAUUUCGAGAUGGAAAUGAAGCACACCUUGACUCACAAGACCAUGACAUCCCCUACUCAGAAGGACUUCAACAUGAUGUUCCAAUUCCUCUACCAUUGUAUCGAUCCCGCAUACCGCUUCCAGAAAAACAUCGAUCAGGAAGUCCCUCCGCUGUUGAAGCAACUUCGCUACCCUUACGAGAGAAACAUCACAAAAUCACAACUUGCCGCUGUCGGAGGUAACAAUUGGUUCACUUUCCUCGGUAUGCUACACUGGAUGAUGCAGCUUGCAAAGAUGAUGGAGCACUUCAGCGUUGGCACCUAUGACGAGGCUUGUAUCGAAUCUGGGCACGACGUUUCGGCUGAUCGCAUUACCUUCGAGUUUUUGAGUGAUGCCUACCGUACCUGGUUGUCCGUCGACGAUGACGAUGAUGAGGAUGACGAAGAGGCCAUUCAAAGGCUGAUUCAACCUCAUGUUGAUGCUAUGGCAGCCAAAUUCGAGGCUUCUAACCAACAAAAUCUCGAGCAGGUCAAGGCUUUAGAAGCAGAGAGCAAGCAACUCCAGGAGCAAAUUGACGAACUCGGCAAGACUGCUCCUCGUCUGGCAAAGCUUGACGAGCAAAACAAGAUCCUCGAAGAAGACAGAGUCAAGUUUGAGAAUUACAACAACAGUAUCGACAAGAAGGUUGAGAAGUACGAAGAUCGUUUGCGUAUGCUGGAGAGUGAAAUGCAGCGUCUUGAUCAGGAACUUGCGGACGCAGAGCAAGAACGCAACAGUUUGCAAGAAAUGGUCGACCGACAAGGCAUCACUGUGCAGGAUAUCGACCGCAUGACAGCCGAACGCAAACGACUUCAGACUGGUGUCGAAAGUACAAACUUGCGACUUGAGGAGACUCGUGAUGCGGUUGCCAAGAAGGAAGCAGAAGCAGCUCAAAGGCUUGAAGAGCUUGAAGCUGUGGUUUCCAAGUACAACCGCAUGGCAUACGAAAUUGGUGUAAUCCCACCAGACGCACCGAACGCUCACGGUCAAGAGUAUGAACUGAUUCUCACAACCAACGAGGGGCCUGCAUUUGGAUCAUCACAGAUGGGCGAGCAACCACAAGACUCUGAUCGCCUGCUAGCGGAGACAGGGACUGGAUACCAACCGCAUCACUUACUAAACCUGGACGUCCGAGGCAGCCUCAAGAGCAACAUGAUCAACCUUAGAAAAGAAAUCAGCGAACGAAGAAACAAUGCUCUCGAGGUUGAUAUGAACAACCAAGAUCUGCUCGACAAGAUCAAGGAGGCCAUUGGAGACAAGAAGGCCGAGACAGAGACACUGGAGCAUCGCGUACGCGCUGCAGAGGACGAGUUCGAGAAGACAAAAGAGAUCACAAACUCGCAAAAGAUGGCUUCGGAUGCGCAAAUCGAAAAGAUGGAAAAGGAACUCGCCAGAAUGCGUGCUGGACUUACGGAAUCAGUUCAACUGAUGGAGCAGCGCGAGAUGAAUACCAAUCUCGAAUACGAGCAGUUGACAGUAGCAUCUUCAGCGCUCCGCGAAGAGCUUCACACGGAGCUUGAGCGUAUGCUGAACGACAUUAUCAAGUUCAAGGUACACAUUCAGGGCAGUCUCGAAGGCUACGAAGAAUUUGUGGCUCAAGAGGUCGAAAGAGAAUGUGAGGAGCAGGAAAGAGAGGAGAUGGGUGCUGAUGAUGAAAAGUACGGCGAAGAUCUCGAAACAAAGGUGGAAGAGAUGGACCUCGACGAGUAG